AUGUGCAGAUGGCUUGCAGUGCCUGUGAUCAAUUUUGUGACCAGCGACGAUCCUGAGAAAGCUCACAAGCUUGCUGUCAAAGUACUGGCCAGCGGCCUUGCGCCUGUCGACAAAGUACAAGACGAUGACGUGCUAGCAAUAGAACUCUGGGGGAAACGCUUCUCGAAUCCAGUCGGUAUCGCUGCAGGCUUUGACAAGCAUGCAGAAGCGAUAGACGGCCUCUUUGGCAUCGGUUUCGGCUAUGUCGAGAUUGGCUCGGUGACACCCCAAGCUCAACCUGGCAAUCCGCAGCCUAGGAUGUUCAGAAUACCAGAGACGCAAGCAUGUGUCAAUCGGUACGGCUUCAAUUCGGAUGGUCAUGCAGCUGUCAUUGCGCGAUUACGCGCUCGCAUACGCCACUUUGUUCACCACAAUGCGCUCUCUCUGCCGACCAAUCUGCUGCCGCCUUACGAAAUGGCAGCAGGAACAGUCACUGUCGAUGCUGUAUCACGAUUGCUUGCGUCUGAUAACGGCAGAGACGCUGUACUGACUGAUUCACUCGGAAUGCCACGCUCUCUGCACGAAGGCAAGGUUCUCGCAAUCAACCUUGGCAAAAAUAAGACGAGCGAGCCGGACGAUGUCGAGGACUUUCUGGAAGGCGUUCACUCGCUUGGCCCCUAUGCAGAUGUGCUCGUGAUCAAUGUCUCUUCGCCGAAUACGCCGGGAUUACGCGGCCUGCAGCGCAAGGGAAUGCUCGAAGAACUUCUAGAAAGCGUCGUCCUUGCGAGAAACGAUCUGAAAAGUAAAGUCAAACCGCCCGUGCUCGUCAAGGUUGCUCCAGAUCUUUCGGCUCAGGAACUGGGCGAUGUAGCAAAGGCAGUCCUCGAUUCGGGCAUCAAUGGCAUCAUCGUUUCGAACACGACCAUCUCCCGACCACCCAGCGCAGGCACAGAUCCGCGCUUGGCCGAAGUGGGAGGACUUUCCGGGCCACCUCUCAAGUCACUGGCAAUACAAGCCCUUGCGACCCUGUAUCGCAAGACCGAGGGCAAAGUUCCAUUGAUAGGCUGUGGCGGUAUCUCGACUGGCCAGGACGCUCUGGACUAUGCACAAGCAGGCGCUUCAUUCGUCCAGCUUUACACUGCGCUCGGCUAUCAGGGCGUAGGACUGCCACGAAUCAUCAAAGAUGAAUUAACGGCUCUGCUGAGGAAGAGAGGGACGACUUGGCGACAGUCUAUUGGCACAAACGUCCCCGCCGGCGUGCCUGAAGUCGACGAAGAACUCAUCGCGCUCAGAAGAGAAGUCGAGGCAGCUCUGAGCGAUAUGGCGCAGUCUGGUGCAGCAAAUGCGCCUCAGAUUCCCCGAAAACCAAAGCAAAGGGUCGAGCAACCUGCGAUUGCAGAGAUCAUUCUGUCUACCGCGCCUGUGGGCUCACAAUCGCCCGCGCAAGGUGCUUUGCCUACGUCUGGCUUCACGGAAGUACCAGUACAAGUGGGCAAGAAGCACGAUCUCGAGGAAGGUCAGGUCAAACCCGAGCUAAAGUCAGACAAGAAUGAGACAUCAAGUCAAGAGCUCGCUUUGCCUGGAGAAAAGGGUCAUGGCAAGGGAGGCUUGUUCUCUAGCUUUGGCUCUAGAGCGUCAGCAGGACAAUCAGGCAAACGACUUGUAUAG